CCCGCCCCGCUAUCAUGUCUCCUUCCGGCUCCUUCUCUGCCCCGCCGCAAGUCCUCAUCUUCGACGGACUACUCUCCGACUUUGACGGCACCAUCGUCGACUCGACCGAUGCUAUCGUGAAACACUGGCACAAGAUCGGAGCGGAGUUGGGCGUCGAUCCCAAGACCAUCUUAGCCACCUCUCACGGCCGACGCAGCAUUGACACGAUCCAGCUGUACGACCCGAAGAAGGCCAAUUGGGAAUAUGUCAGCUACGUCGAGGGACGAAUCCCCAAGGACUACGGCUCGGACGCCGUGGAGAUUCCGGGGGCCCGGUAUCUCAUGACAGCGUUGGACGACGCCGGAGCUCGCUGGGGCGUGGUCACGUCUGGGACGCGCGCGCUGGUCGACGGCUGGCUGGGCGUGAUGAAUCUCGCGCAUCCCAAGGUCUUGGUCGUGGCGGAGGAUGUCGAGCAGGGCAAGCCCGACCCCGGCUGCUACCUGCUGGGUCGGACGCGUCUGGGUCUGGAACAUUCCUCGGCUCUGGUAGUCCUGGAGGAUGCUCCGUCCGGGAUCAGGGCGGGCAAGGCCGCCGGGUUCAAGGUCAUCGCGCUCACCACGACCCACUCCCUCGCUCAGCUACAGGAAGCUGGCGCCGACUGGAUUGUCGAGGACCUGCGCAGCAUCGGUAUCAAGGGCGUAGUGGAUGGCCAGAUCCAGCUGGAAAUCCGGAACGCCUUCCAAUAAAGGGAUUGGAAGGGGUGUGGGGGGGUCGCAUUUCACUUCUAGAAACGAACCUGAUGAAAGUUUGGAAGACAUUCAAUAGAUCGCAGGCAGUUCUUUGUUGAUUUUCUUUUUACAUUUUUCUUUUCUUUUUUCUUUUCUUUUCUAACUUUUCGCCUUUCACCCUUACCUCCUACCCCAUUGUCAUUUUCCUUCUAUUCCAUUCUAACCUAGAUCCCUUAUCAUGGCAGGUCACAGCAUCGGAU